CCCACUGUAUAAUCAGUUUCUUAAAAAUAAAAGAACAAGUGUCAUUACUUCUGUAUAAAUAAAUCAGCCUUCAAUAGGUCUACAUUUAUGUUACAUGUGUGUCUCUUAAAUACACAGCUUUAUGUCUGUACAAGACUGUAUAGGCUUCAAUAGUGAGAGUUUCAAAUGCACACAGUAUAAUAAUAGCGUAAGCGGACGGUGUAUGUUGGCAGAGCCCAUCUGGAGGCGAGUGCUGAGCGCUGGUCUCGUCUGCUGGGCCUCCUGGAGGAGCUGUGGAGGUGGAUCUGCACGAAGGAUGACGAGCUGGCCAAGCAGAUGCCCAUCGGCGGAGAUGUCCCUACUCUGCUGCAACAGCAAAACCACUGCACGGUACUACGGUCCGAAUUGAAGGAACGCGAGUACUUGGUGAUGAGUACUUUGGAUCAAGCCCGGAUGUUUCUCGCUGACCAGCCCAUCGAGGGUCCCGGAGAGCCACGCAAGAACCUGCAGCCAAAGACAGACCUCACCCCAGAGGAGAAGGCCCGAGGGUUGGCCCGGGCCAUCCGCAAGCAGACAGGUGAGGUGAUGGAGCGAUGGGAGCGACUGAAAGGACACAUGGGUGGCUGGCAGAGUCAGGUGGAGCGAGCCUUGGAGCGACUCCAGGAGCUGCAGAGCUCCAUGGACCAGCUCGACCUGCGGCUGACUCAGGCAGAGGAGGCCAAAGCUACCUGGCAGCCUGUGGGGGAUCUGCUGAUCGACUCUCUGCAGGACCACAUCGACAAGACCAUGACCUUCAGAGAGGAGAUCGCCCCGUUACGUCAGGAUGUGAGAAUCGUCAACGAGCUUUCCGCAGAGCUGACACCGUUGGACAUCCAGCUCUCCUCCACUGCUGCCAGACAACUGGACCAGCUCGACAUGAGAUGGAAACUACUGCAGGUAGUUGAAAUCCUCCCGAAUCACAUGCAGAUAUUGGAGCAGACACGGUUUUCCACACACAUCUCGUUCUUGCCUUCUCUUGGGUUAUCCACCACCUUUUCAUCCUACAGUAUUUUGUCCACGCUUGCCCAAAUGAAUGCUGCUUUCAAUAUAUCUUGAUCCUCUUUCUUCCUGUUCUUUCUCCUACUGCCUGUGAGUUUUUAUCUUCUCUGUCUUUGACUCUCUCUCUCUCUCUGUUUCUCUCGCUGUGUUCGUGCUGAUUUCACUCUUUGUCAUCCAGACACACAGGAGACUGAGAGUUGUCCCUCUACCUGUGUACCUGUUUUAUUUAUACGCAGCCUAGUGCUCACUGCACCACUUUGUCUCUGCACAUCAAUGGACACUAUUCUCACAGAACACCAGUCACAUUCUUGGCUCCCUACGCACCUGAUUGUCUUUGUCUGAUCCGCUGGGGGACUCUCUGAGUUUUUUUUCUCAGAGUGGAGCACGUCUCAGCCCCAGAGGGAAAUCCUGGAGUCUGUUUACAAGUCGUCACAAGGAAAGAGAAGAGAAGAGACGUUGGUUUUGAGUUGGGGAGUGAAAUCCUCUACGUGAAGUCUACAAUUCAAAUCUCAGUUCUUUCAGACACGUUCUCCUUAUCAAGCAAGGACCAUUGUCCCUCUUCUUCAUUUGUUUACGCUGUGUCCUCAUCAGGCCUAGUUUAAACAUCGGCUCUGUUUUUCUUUCAGUGACAAGUUAUCUCAUCGUUCCUAUAUCUACCGUACAGGAGCAGAGAAAGGUUGAUGUCCGUGGUGCUUACUGCCCAGGACACCAGGCAGCCACAGAUAGACCGUGAUUUCAAAGACACUGUGAUGGAAACUUUUACAGACUUCUUUUGAAGUUUUUCUCGUAUGCAGUCAUGCAGCAUUGUUGCCGAAGAUAAAUGAGUUGGGACGGAAAAAAACAGAAAA